CCCGGGAGCAUGAAGGACCGAACACAGGAGCUCCGCACGGCCAAGGACAGCGAUGAUGAUGACGAUGUCACUGUCACCGUGGACCGAGACCGCUUCAUGGAUGAGUUCUUCGAACAGGUGGAGGAGAUCCGUGGCUUCAUUGACAAGAUCUCAGAGAACGUGGAGGAGGUGAAGCGGAAGCACAGCGCCAUCCUGGCCUCCCCCAACCCUGAUGAGAAAACCAAGGAAGAGCUGGAGGAACUCAUGUCUGACAUAAAGAAGACAGCAAACAAAGUUCGCUCCAAAUUGAAGAGCAUCGAGCAGAGCAUCGAGCAGGAGGAAGGCCUGAGCCGCUCAUCCGCUGACCUGAGGAUCCGAAAGACACAGCACUCCACACUGUCCCGGAAGUUUGUGGAGGUGAUGUCAGAGUACAACACCACGCAGACUGACUACCGCGAGCGCUGCAAGGGCCGCAUCCAGAGGCAGCUGGAGAUCACCGGCCGGACCACGACCAGCGAGGAGCUGGAGGACAUGCUGGAGAGUGGGAACCCCGCCAUCUUUGCCUCCGGGAUCAUCAUGGACUCCAGCAUCUCCAAGCAGGCCCUGAGCGAAAUCGAGACGCGCCACAGUGAGAUCAUCAAGCUGGAGAGCAGCAUCCGGGAGCUGCACGACAUGUUCACGGACAUGGCCCUGCUCGUGGAGAGCCAGGGAGAGAUGAUUGACAGGAUUGAGUACAACGUGGAACAUUCGGUGGACUACGUGGAGAGGGCUGUGUCUGACACCAAGAAGGCCGUCAAGUACCAGAGCAAGGCUCGCCGGAAGAAGAUCAUGAUCAUCAUCUGCUGUGUGGUCCUGGGCAUCGUCAUCGCCUCCACCUUCGGAGGCAUCUUCGGGUAGAGACCACCCCACCGCCACUGCGCUCUGGAUGGCCCACCCCAGGAGGCCGCCUGGCUGCUGCCACCUUCUGGCUCGGGCCCUCUCCUCCCCACCCCACACCGCUUUCUCUGCACAGGGCCCCCGU